UGAUAUUUUGCUCAAUACAGAGAGCAGCAGUGUCCACGUAUGUGUGAGUAAAGUAGCAAUAAUUACACAAAUAAUUAAACAAGUCCAUGUAGAUUUUGUUGUAUUUUUUUUUGCAUUAGGAUUUUGUUUGUCAUCUAUGAAAACAGCUGGGAGGUGGUGUGAACAGUACAAUGACAGUAGUCUUAGAACAUCACCUCCCAAACUUUUAGUUCUUCAGGGUUUUUUUGGGGAAUCUUUCCUAACUCAGGAUAACUUUAGAGUUAUCUGGAGUUAAGUAAUUAACAUAUUCUUUUUCUUUCCAGCAUCUCCUGAAAGGUCUGUAGUACAGCUAUUAGGCUGCUUUACUCCUGUUCUCAUCUAGGAACAGUUUUGCAUCAUGAAAGCUCCAUCAACCUAACUCAUGGUAACUUCAGAGUGUUCUGGAGCUUAAGAUAACUUUCAAGAUAACUUCAAGUGUUCUAAAAUAUGAGAAUAUAGUCCCACAAAAUCUUGGUCAUGUCAGUUAAGUAACUAACAGAUUCUUUUUCUUCCCAGCAUCUCCUGAAAGGUCUGCAGUACAGAAUAUGGUCCCACAAAAUCUUGGUCAUAUGUUCAUAGCGACAGACAGUGUACUGCUCCAUUUAGUCCAUUUUUAUUGUUCUGUUUACAAUAUAUGACAACUCUUUUUCUCCUGCAGCAGAAGUACAGCCACGUUGCCUGUUUCUGGGAAAAACAACCCUCAGGCUGUGUGAGAAUAAAUUGUGCUUUCCAUCAUAGCAAACCCCGAAAUAUAAAUGGACUUUUUCUGCCACCUAGUAACAAUGUGCCAUUGCUACAGGGUAGCCAAGAAAGGACUGUGCAUCCAGCCCAUCAUCAAGAAUCCCUCCGAAAUCAAGAGAAUAUUUUCCUACCAGUUCAUGCUCCACUGAUUAUAAGCCUCAAGAAAGAAGAGGAAGAUGAAGAGGACGAUGAAGAAAUAGAGAACUAUGUUUCCAACUGGGUGCCUAAGACUGCUGCAGAAAUUGAAGAGGAAAGAGCCAUAAAGGAAAUAUGCUAUAAAACUGGAGAGUAUUACAGGAUCCAGUCCCCUCAGGAACACCAAUCAGCACAAACUGUGUCUUCACCUCAGGAAAAGGAGAAAUUACACUCGGAAACUACCAAGCGAGACUUGCAGAAAGGUGAUGGUAGUAGAAUCCCCAGAACAUUUAUUAAUACAAAAAGAGAAGGAGAGAUUUCAGGAAGGAGAAUACCAGCCGAGCGUAUUCCCAGAAGAGAUCGUCGAUCCUUUGACAAUGGAGGAUUUCACACUUCUGACCCCAAAGGAAAACAAACUUACCAAUCAAGGGGUCAGAGGAAGGAUGAUGAAACUGCUUCUUAUGUUCCUCGUGGGAGAGCAGCUGGAAGAAAGACUUAUUGUGAUUCUUCAGAACCUCGAAGAUCAACAUAUGUUUUCUACCGCACUGUCAAUGUCAAACAAGAACCAAAGUUCAAUGGAUCUACAGACAAAUACACUUCAGGAUCUUACAAUGCACCAACUUGGAGGAAAGGAAAUCCACGUGCAAAAAUGCUCCCUAAAUUUGAAACAACCGUUGAGAGACAAGAAGUGAAUGGGAAACAAGAAGCAUACGUUAAACGGAGAACUGGAUGAAAGAAGUACCUCAAGUUUUUAUUUACAGAGAUGAAAAAAUCUCUAUGCAGACCCUUCCCUCAAUUUAUUCGAAA